GCAAACCAGCGAGCAUCCUGUGUGGAUCGAAAAUUUGGAGCUGCUGAUUAUACAAGCUUGGAAGACCAACAUGGAGGGCGAUUUUCUCGGCUUUCUCUUUGGAUCGGUACGGCCGGGCCGCCGCCAGUUGAUUGUGCAGGAGCUCAUCGCGCCGAUCGUCCAAUUAGCGGACGAUCUCUCGCCCGACAUCGUCUCGCAAGGUGACGACAACCCUGCCCCGCACGUCCUCACGCGGUCGUUGGAUCCGUACCUUCAGUGGACUAUGUGCUUGGAGGAGCCCAGGGACGAAGAGACGCUACUAUCAUGGCAGGAGUAUCUGAAGCCUUACGACACCAUCCCUCACGCCUUCUAUCCGAAGGCGGAGGAAGUAAUGAUCGACGAUGACGAAAGAGACGACGACGAGGAAACGUUGGAGGAGGGAAGCUAUAACGAGUAUAGCGAGGGCGAGUUGAGUGAAGAAGAAGAAGAAGAAGAGGAGGAGGAAGAAACCGGAUCUAAGUGGGAAGCCCUGCCGGAGGAAGCAGCGCGCACAGGCACGGAGGCGGAAGAUCCUGAGGCUGCGAGUAGGCGAGAAGAGAUUGAGAUCGAAAAACGAGCUAAAAGAAACGACGUUAACAUUUAUUAAUCACGCGUGCGGUGGCACGCCAGACAUCCAUCCGACCAACCAUUCUACCGGCCGUCCCAGCACACCCAGC